AUGACGUACCCGACCUUGAAAGUGACGUACCUCGACAGCUUUGGCCGUGCCGAGCUCACGCGCCUCGCGCUUCAUGUCGCUGGCAUUCCUUUCGAAGACGAGCGCUUGAGCUGGGCGUCGUUCGUCGCGCUCCAGCCGUCGCUGCCGUUCCAUCAGAUCCCGACGCUCACGAUCAACGGCGAAGUGCUCGCGCAAUCUUUUACCAUGGCGCGCUACGUGGGGCGCCUCGGUGGCUUGUACCCAACGGACCGGCUCGCGGCGUUUCGCGUGGACGAGGUCCUCGCUGCGUGCCUCGACCUCGUCGACCUUUUCAUGCCGUCGUUCAAAGAGCCCGACAACGCCAAACGACUCGCCAUGCGCGCGGCACUGAGCCAAGCGACGCUACCGACACUCCUCGCGUGCAUUGAAGCGCGGCUGCCUUUGUCGGGCACGUACUUUCUCGGCGACGACCUCUCGAUCGCCGACCUGGAGCUCUACUGCUCGCGCGUCUUCUUGACGCAAGGGUACCUCGACGGCAUCCCACCUUCGAUCAUUACGCCGUACGGUCGUUGGAACGCCAUUGCAGACGCCGUGGGUGCCCACCCCAAGAUCGAGGCGUGGGUGGUCGCGCACAAAAAGAAGUAA